CCCCAUAGAAGUAAAAAAAUAAAAUAAAAGAGUGAAAGAAAAGCUUGUUAAGAAUCGAUUAUGCAAAAGCUGAAAACGCCAUAGCCAGAAUUUGAUUCCAACCAAAAAUGAUGCAGAGAUUACUCCCAAAACUUCGCUCUCUCGCCGUUCAAUCUCUACAACCAUCUUCUCGCCGUUUCCUCCACCACUCAUUACCACAGCCACUUCACUCCGCUUCCAUUAACCCCAUUUCUCGCCCUCUCUUCAAUUUCUCUCCUUCGUCUCUCCACAAAUCUCUCCCUUCUCCAUUUUCUCCCUCCUUGGUUCUUCAAGUGAGGCAUGUUUCGUCGAGGGAAAGGAAGAAGAAAAGAAAGCCAAUGACUCCGGUUAAGUCCAAGCUCAAGAAAACUAAAAUGAAAUCUUAUUCGUCUUACAAGUCGAGGUUCAGAUUAAUGAAUGAUGGAACCUUUAGGCGUUGGAGGGAGGGCAAACGUCACAAUGCUCAUUUGAAGUCAAAGAUAGCGAAACGUAGAUUGAGAUUACCUGCUCUUGUCCCUGUGGCAUAUGCCAAAGUAAUGAAGAAGCUCGGUUUUUGUGGUUAGAACAUUGUAAGUUGCUGCCAGUUGCAGAAAGUGGACUGGUCAGGUUUUGCUUUUUAACUCUGAUCGUUGUCCACAUUCACAUUUUAGAAUCUGCAGAAUGAGCAAAUUACAGAACUGUUUCUUUCUCUAUUUGCGUGGGAGUUAUAGGGCAUAAUAUUAUGAUGUUAUGCCUCAAAGUGGCAUAAUUUAGUGGGAAAUGUAUGCAAUAUUGUUAAACAUGCGGUGACUGAUUAAUCCUUUUUGUAGCACAUUUGAUUUUUCAAUUUGCAGUUUGAUAAAAUAUUGGAAUCAUGAUUUGCUGAACUUUUAA